AUGAUUAUUGCAGCAUUGGCACUGGAUAUAGAAAAAUUGGUGUGGCACAAUUUGCUGAAGCAUGCGGAAGAAGAAUUACAGCAGGUUCACGAGCAAAUGCUGUUGACAAAUGACGUGAAGUCAGAAUUAUGCAGCGCUUCUGCACUUAUAGUGAAUCUAAAGGCUGAGCUAGCUUCAUUGGAUCAUGCUACAAGUGAGCUUGAGGAACCGAGAAGCCACAUUGAGAAAUCUAGAGAAGGUGUGUGCAGCUUGCAGAUUCAACUCUCCACACUUGAAUGCCAAUUGGAGAGGGAAAAGGCAGCCUUGAGCACUUUGAGAGAGAGGGAAGGCUCUGUAUCUGUGUCUAUCUCAUCCCUUGAAGCCCAACUCAACAGUGUGAACUUUGAAUUGGAAUUAAUUCAAGAAAGGAAGGAAGUCACGAAGAAAAUGGCUGGUGACGAGCAAGCUAAACUACGAGAAGCAUCUAAAGAGGCAGAGCGUGUUAAACAAGUAGCUAACACCGCCUACGAGGAGCUAAGGAAGGCCAAAGAAGAUGCCACGCGAGCCAAGGCGGAAGCCACACCAAUGGAGCUGAGAUUGGUUGCUAUUGAUCUUGUCCGAAUGCUGAAUCAACGGAUGCUGAGCACGGAGUGCUCCUCGGAUGCUGACGUGGAUCUGAUCCCCUAUUCUUAUCGCCGGAUCACUACUCUUGAGAUUGAAACAGCAAAAGUAUCACUGGCGUUGGCUUGCUCAGAAGUCAAAUCCCUGCCAGGAAGUAGAGAGGAAUCCAGUGGAGUGACAUUGCCAUUUGAGGGGUGCAAUGCACUUAGCGAGAAGGCCAAGGAAGCAGAAGAACAAGCUAAGCGGAGAACCAUCUCUGCCAUUGAGCUCAUGGAAGCAGUGAAGCGGUCAGAGUCAAGAAGCUUAGAGAAACUGGAGAAGGCAAAGCAAACAUCGGAAGCAAAGAAGAAGGAACUCAGGGCCGCCAUGGAGAGGGUGGAGAAGUUCGAGGAAGAGAGGCUUCUCAUGGAGCAGGAGCUGCAGAAACCGACAGAGGAACAUGGAGGAGGUUUUGACGGUUUUCCAGUCCUCGAAGGCACCGGAGAGCCGCCCGGAAACUCUUUAUGUGAAACCCACGCUGAGAACUCCAAAGAAAGCCCCAGGGGACUUGUGGAGCGCGCCAUUUACGACGCGAAGGUUCAGUCGCACAAGUAG